UCGCUCAAAUCAAUGUGGAAAAUUUGAAAACGAUAAUACUUUCUCGGGAAAAAAACUGUUCAUCAAGUUGAAGAGUAUUAUGAAACAAGACUUGCCACGAAAUACAGAUGUUUCACAACAUGUGAUCAACACCUCAGUCUGCCAAGCUUCCAUCGUGUCCUCAGUAUUCAUUUAGUCAAUUUGGGCAGAUAUAUUCACCCUUAUCAAAAUGCCGGGACAUGGGAGUAAAAAGCAAGCACAGAGAACCAAAGGAAAUGCGAAACCCUCCAGCAGUAGUGAAGCUGCCAAGCUUCUCCUUGAGGCAGGGACAGCCCCCACUGGAUUCAUAGGGUUUGGUUUUCAAAGCGGUAGCCCUGGAUAUGUGCCAGUAAGCCACAGCUUGGAUGAUGUUGACUCAAGUUUAGAUUCAGAUAUACGCAUGGUUCUUCGAAAGCUCAGCAAAAGAGAUGCUACCACAAAAGUCAAAGCACUACAGGAAUUCAGCAGUUUAUGUAAAGAAAAAGAUGAAGAGUGUGUCAAAGCAGUGCUUCCUUACUGGCCAAGAAUUUACAAUAAAAUGACCCUAGAUGUAGAUCACAGAGUAAGGGAGAUGACUCAGACAGCUAUGAACACACUGGUUCUUAGAAUGAGGAAAAAUCUGGCUCCUCACUUAAAGACCCUGAUGGGGGCGUGGCUUCUCAGUCAGUGUGACACUUAUCCCACUGUGGCCACCGCAGCACAACAAGCUUUCCAGACUGCCUUUCCUCCAACCAAACAGACAGAUGCACUGGUGUUUUGUAAACAAGAAUCAACAGAGUAUCUUGUGGACAACAUUUUAAGACAGACCCCACUAACACUGAGUGACCCAAAAACUACAGAAAAAGAAGACAUGGAAAAUAAGUACAACAGAGUGUUAACCUCCUCACUGUUGGCUCUAAGGAAACUACUGACUGCUCUUCCAUCUGAUCAACUCGCAUCUCUCUCAGAUAAUAUGGAUAACCUUUUGAAAGAUCCAAAAUUUUGGAAACAUGGAAAAUCGCAAGUUAUUAGUGUUCGGGCUGCAGUUUACUCAUUCCUGGCUGGUAUGUGUCAGACACUUACUGGGACUAUUACCCAGCAUUCCAAGAAAGUUUCUACCCACAUCCUUCACAACAUAGAUGAGACUGAUGCAGUUAUCUGUCCAUGUCUGUGGGAGUCAGCUCUAUCUCUUGCUAGCUACAUUGAAGACUGCUGGCAGCAUAUUAAUAUCGAGAAAGCUUUCUGGCCAAAACUAAGGAAAUAUUUAGAAAAUGGUUGCCAUGGAAAUGCCUGUCUAAUGGGUGGUGACCUACUGCCUUUCCUGAGUAAAGUUCCCCAUACUCUCCUGGGAGAAGGCUACAAGUUCUACAUUGAAUUUUUCAACUAUUUGAAGUCUGGGUUGAGUAAGGACCAGGUUCAAGCCAGUCCCAGUGAAUUAGGAGCUCUAGUGCGAGCAUUCUUUGAGUGUGCUCAGUUUGUUAUUAAAUCCACCAUGAAAAGCAGCAAAGAUGACUGGUUCCUGGAAAUCAUGUUCUCUGAUCAGAUAAUGCAGGUUCUCCAUGCCUCAUUAUUCGAGUCUACCUCAGCUCUUCACAAGACAGCCCUGUACAGUCUCCUGGGAAAUCUGCUGACAACACUGGAGACAAGUGAUGAAUACACACACACACUGUCCAAAUUCUGGAGUGAGCUAGGGCUCAGUGUAUCAGAAAGGCUUGGCUCAGGACUGUCCAAUGAGGAGCGGUACUUCACAGACAGACUGAUUCAGUUUGUGAAGUGUUUGAUUUUUCCACAAAUGGGCAACAAAGCUAAGACUGAUGUAAAAAUGAAAGUCAAAUUUGCUGCUUCUGAAGUUACUGGUAUGGAGCAGCUCUCUAUAAACCAGCAGGAAAGGAGAGAAUUAUCAAGGGGAGCUAAGGAGUUUGUACAUUUGGUGACAAUUAAAUCUUUUGAGAUGGCUCAUAGGAAUCGCAAUAAAGAAAAUCUACAUUUGUUUGCUGCUUUAAUUGAACUAUUACCAGAGGAGAAAACAAUUAAGGAUAUUAUUGAAAGAUGCCAUGGAGAUGUAAAAACUGACCAAUCACACUCCAGCUACUUCGUGUUCAAUGUUUGUUUACCAUGGUUACACCAAUCACAAGAAUUGGAAGAAAAUGAUUCUGUACAGUUAAUCAGUGUUAUUUGUAGCUUCAUUCCUUUGCUUGAAUCAUCAGUGAUUGACACUUUGUUGGAAGAGCUAUGCAAGACAAUCAUCAGUUUCUCUGUGUUUUACAACCUACUGAGUAAGAUGGUACAGAUGCAGAAGCAGAUGGUGGGGAUAGAUAACUGGCUCCACAGCGAUUCCCUGGGGGACAAGAUAGUCUCUGUGGCCCACACUGUGUGUGAGGAGAGUCUGGGGAACUCUGAUGAGGAUAGGAUACAACAAGGCUGGGACAUCCUGACACUGGUUCUAUCUACAGGGAUAGAUAGAGUAAAACCAGCUACAGUACAUGGUAUUCUACAGACCAUCCAUAAGUCAUUGGCUGAUCUUGAACUCAACAAGGAUAUACAGCAAGCAGACCUUGCUGUCAAAUUUGUUGCCAAGGCAACCACAAGUUUCUUCCUGCAUCUAAAGGAUGCAGGCAUGGUACAUGCAGGGGAAAACUUACUGGUGUCUUUAUUCUCCAUCUGUGUAGACCAGUCUUUCCAGCUUCAAGAUUCUACAAGACAGGAAGCAGAAAUUGCAUGGACCUCUGGGAUAGCAUCUGUUGUCAUGGAAACAGGAGGAUUUCUUCAGGAGGGAUCUGUUUUAUACAGAUUCAAAGAUGUUAUUCACAAACAAUUACUAAGGACGGAAACCAUGGAUUUGUUUCAGUGUCUGUUCCAUUCUACUGAGAAGUUAAUGGGUGUCAUAAAAGGAAGUCUCCCACAUGAAGAUGAAACAGAAGAGAACCCAGUUGUCUCCGUCUUCCUCAGUGAACUCUUUGUUAAGACUCAACCAACCUUGACCAAAGCGAUGGCAGAAUAUUGCUUAGUGAGUGGACGUCUAUCCUACCUCAACUUUCCUGCCAUGUCAGACAGCUCAUUCAGUCUGAAUCAAAUGUUAUACACAACCCUGUUUAAUGUUCAGCUUUUAUUGACCUCAGACUGUUGCUUUGACAACCAGGAACUUCUACUGACUGUACUACAAAGUGUGGCUUUAGUACGUGUGUACCAAGACAUGGAAAAAAGACUGUUGGUAAGAUUUGCCGACACAGUGAAAGGAAUAGAGACACUGGAAGAGAAAACCAAAUCUCUGGUACUGGGGAUGUCACACGAGAAGAGAACUGCUCUGAUUAAUUACAGCCUAGACAGAUGUAAAGAUGACGGGUCUUUGAGUUUGUCUCUAAGUGAAGUUCUCCCAGAAGUACUAUCAGAUUCUGAAAAUCGAGUGAAUGUUAGCAGCUUAAUAGAGAGAUUCUCAGAGUUAGAUGAACACAGUAUCCAGACAUUACAGACAAUAGCCCAGCACCUUGACAUAGCUGGUUUAAUGACAUUGACAGAGGUCAUGGUUGCUAGGAUCAUCAGUUGUGAUGUUGAGACUGUCAUGUCAGCUAAUGGAGGAAUAUCUGCACUAUGUGUCCUUAAUGCUGCACUGAGGAGCAAGGCUAAUGAAGAGAUGGCAGAGCUGGGUACAAGUGUACUUACACAGAUCAUGACCUGGAAAGACCAGAUGGAUGAUCUUCUCCUGUGUGAAUGUAAUCUGACAGAUGCUGAUGGAGUUAAGGUUCUUGCUAAUGUAGAAAUAGUCAGGUUCCUACAGAGGGCAGUGCAGUAUUUCCCUGAAAAAUUAUCAGACAAAGUCUGGGAUUUUAUUCUCUGCACAGCAGUUAGCCUUAUACAGACAGUGAGUGAGAGUGAAUCCCAGCUGAUGACAUCAGUCCCUGUCCAGGUAUUCACCCUGUCUGUCUGUCUCCUAGUGUCUGAGGUGGCCCACACUAUUGAGGAUUUAUCACCAGUCCAGCAGGAUAUAUGCCCAAAGAACCUGGCCACUGAGUGGGAGGAAUUUUUCAGUGAGGGAAUUUUUUCUUCCCUGCUACCAGUUUUCCAUGGACUUACUAGCAAAUUGAGGAAGAAACCCUUGAGAGGAGUCUUGGACUGUCUAAUAAGAGGUGUGACCAGUGCUGCUUCAUAUUGCCCCAAGCAACAGGUGAUAGGUCACAAGUUACCAGCAUAUCUUAUCGCUGAUCAGUCGUCUCCCUUGCCAGACACUCUCCAGUCUCUCCUUAAUCACAUGACCCCAUGUCUUAUGUUUCCACAUAGAAGUGUACAAUUAGCUGCUUAUCAUAUUCUCAAAAGAGUUGCGCCGGAACUUCCUACCUAUGACAAAGAGGAGGCAACUGAUGUGGAGGGAGAGGAGGAGCAGAAUUCAAGGAGUCCCCCUGUCUCACUGAUACAAGUUAUUAGAAACAAACACUCAACAACUCUGUCUACUGUGUUACUAGACCUCAAUGUGGAUCAGAAAUUCAUUGUGGAACCAUUCUCUGAAAUAUUUCAACAUGUUCUGGCAUAUCUGUUGUCAUGGAAACUCUUACUGACCUCAUUUCAUCAUUCUCCAGCAGAGCUACGGUCAAAAUAUGCAGCUUAUUUACAAGAGCAUGGCUGCCUGAGCCAGCUAAUGUCGGUUAUUUUCCGGUUGAUGCCAGAGGUUCCAAUCAAUAAAGACAAAAGCAACAUUUUUGAGAAACCUUUUUCUCUUCAGGCAUUAGGUGAGCCCAGUGCUUUUGAGAUAUGUGAGUUGGCCUGCAGUGUUUAUAAAGAUGCUCUGAAGACAACACCAGCCCUGGUACGACUGUGGUGGAAGGACCAAGACAGGAAAUCUGUCAGUUAUGUAGACAAAUUUACCAGUAAAUAUGUCAGCCCUGUUCUGUGUACAGAAGAAAUCUCCUCUCUGGACGCAAUAGACAAGAAAGACGUAAAUUUCACUGUGAAGACCCGCCCCUCCACUCGUGAGGUUGUGGCUAUACACACACUUGAGGAGGUAUGUAUUGAGGUAGUCAUCACUCUUCCCCAGAAUUAUCCCCUUGGAAACAUCACUGUAUCCAGUGAGAAAAAGGUUGGAGUCACAGCCCAGCAAUGGGACAAAUGGCUGCUGCAAUUGAACAUAUUUUUACAGCACCAGAAUGGUAGUAUAAUGGAUGGCCUGAGGAUCUGGAGGAGGAACAUUGAUAAGAGAUUUGAGGGAGUGGAUGACUGUAUGAUCUGUUUCUCUGUUCUACAUGGCACAAACUUCCAGCUACCACGGCUCUCAUGUAAAACCUGCAAGAAAAAAUUCCACUCAGCCUGUCUGUACAAAUGGUUCCAGACAAGCCACAAUUCUACCUGUCCAUUAUGUCGAAAUCUUUUCUAGUCUGGUGCAAGCUUAUCUGUGAUGGACAUUAUCUUGUGACCUUGAAAUUAUCUUUUAAAUAAAAAUUAGGAUAUUUUAAUUUACACAUCGUAUUAUCUUGAUUAACUGGAAAGAAAUGCCCAAUAUUAUAAAUUAAUUAUUUGCUUUUAUAAACAUUUUGAAAAGGAAUCUUAAAAUGUUUACACAAA